CUGUCCCCGGUUCAGUAUCGCUCGCCUCCGUCCUCCUCCUUCCCCCAAUCGCACGCCACACUCCCGCAGAAAUCCCCCUCACCCAAAUUCCCGUCCUCCCCCCCGAUCGCCGCUCGUAAACCCUAGACUAGCCGUACCUCCGCCCGUGCGCUGUCGUGCCCGCGCUCCUGCUCCCCCUCCCCCGUCGGCGGCACGCGGCGCCGCGAGCCAAAACCCUAGCCGCCGCCUCCUCCAGAUCCCGAUUCCGCAGGGAAAGCGGGAGAGGGAAGGGAGGGCCGACCCGACGUAGAUGGAGCCUGCGGGGGCGCGCAAGGAGUGGCGCGCCGUCCCCGACUCCUCGCUCCGCUCCAAUGGCGCCGAGGAUGCCGCGGAGCACGGGAAGCUGGGGCAGCAGGAGGACCGAGCUAUCUACGAGGAAGGGGCGGGUGGAAUGGAAGACUUCUGCGCCAUCACCAUUGAUGGGAGCGGAGGGCUCAGCGAGGACAUCCUGCAGCAGCGCCUGCAGAGCCUUGCGCGGCAGCGGGAGGAGCUACAGCAGGUCGAGAUCGAGCUGCGUGCGCAGGCCAUCGCGCACCCGCAGAUCAUCGAGGCGCAACAAAGCUUCCAGGCUGCUGCCAAGGAGCAUGCCGCAGCUGUGGCAAAGAUCAAGGAGCAACUGCAUGAGCGGGAGCAGUACAUUCUUGAACUAGAAAUGAAACUCAAUGACAAGGAUAGAGAACUAAAUGCUCUGAAGAUCGAUCAUCAAACGGUGUGGGCAAAUCAAGAUCUUAUUAGAGAACAGACCAAAGAGCUGGCAACUGUCAGAAGGGAACGCGACAACUCUGAAGCUGAAAGAGCCCAACAUCUUAAACAAAUUCAUGAUCUCCAAGAACUUCUGCGGGAAAAAGAAAGCCAGUUCAUUGCAUUAGAUGAACAGCAUAGGGCUGCUCAAGACAACAUUCUUUACAAAGAUGAGCAGUUGAGGGAAGCCCAUGCUUGGGUUUCUCAAGUUCGAGAAAUGGAUGCUUUGCAGUCUCAAUCCCUACAAGUUGAGUUACGUGAGCGCAUGGAGCAAUUUAAUCAAUAUUGGAUUAGCUUCCAGCAGCAGUAUGCUGAAAUGCAGCGGAGCCUUCUUCAUACAAUACAACAACUCCAGCAAGAAUUAGCUGAGACAAGGGCGUCUGGAGCACAAAAAGAUGGCCCACAAGUUUCUCGGGAGGGGUCAGCUGAAUCAUCACAUGUUCAAAGCAUAGCAAACAGCGUCGCUUCAAAUGGUAGUGCAACUGCAGAUGGGAACCAGCAAUUGUUGAAAAAUAAUGGAAGUGUGGAUGUCUCUGUUAAGGGCAAUAAUGCGUCAGCUGUACCUGUUCCAUCUCUACUGGGAAUAGGUGGUCCGGCUGCACAUAUUGCUGCGAUGCAUUCUUUUAUGAUUCAUCCUCAAGGCAUUCCUCAACCUUUAGCAUCACCCAACUCUGGUGUUCCUCAAUUUGGCAGUUUUCAGUCACAGUCUAUGAUUCAACCAAACUCGCACUGGUCAAAUCAGCAGGAAGUACAAAAUGUCUCUCAACCGCAAGCUGAAACAAACUAUCAGACAUCCCAAUCAGACCAGACUGCAUUACAACAAGGCUCUAUUAAUACUGAUGAUCUGUCCUCGAAGCCAAGUCAGGGUAUCCAUCCAGAUCAUCAUAAUGCUCAUGCGAAACAACAGCAGAGCCCUGCAAGUGCACCUACUGAAUCAACUCAUGAUCUAACGGUUGUUGAAACAAAUGUAGCUGAACUUGUAGCUUAUGAUGAGCAGCAAAAAGCCUUAAAAGAACAGGAUUCGUCGUCAAAUAUGAACAGCCAUAUUGGAAGAGUUGAGCAUCAAGAGCAGAAUACUGAAUCAAAGGUUUCUAUGGAUGAAAGAGCUGCAUCUGACAAGCAGCCUGAGCCUGUAUCUAGGCAGCAUAAACCUUCAAACUUUCCUCUGUCAACUACCCAGAUUCACUUGAAAAACAGUGCAACAGAGAAUCCUAAUGUUGUAAAUCAGGUUGAUACAACGAAAUCAGUUGCCAGUGGUUUUGGUUCACAAUUACCUCGUGUACCAAAGGAACCUGCUCUCCUAGAUGAGAGAUCUCUAUUGGCUUGCAUUGUUCGUGCUGUUCCUGCUGGACCUGAGGGUGGAAUCAGGAUUAGUUCAACUCUGCCAAAUAGGCUUGGGAAAAUGUUGGCUCCUCUUCACUGGCAUGACUAUAAGAAGCAAUAUGGGAAGCUUGAUGAUUUUGUGGCUAGUCAUCCAGAGCUGUUUGUGAUUGAGGGAGACUUCAUUCACCUUCGUGAAGGAGCACAACAGAUCAUUUCUGCUACUACAGCUGCUGCAAAAAUAGCUGCUGCUACAGCAUCUUCUGCCCCUUACUCGUCCUUACUGCCUUCUGUUGCUGUUACUCCUGUGGCACAAAGUACUCGGCAAAAGAGGGGGCCUGCAGUUGAUUCCAGAUCAUCAAAUGCAAUUCCCUCUGGAAAUGGCCACACAGAUCAAUUUAACAUCAUUCAGGGGGUUAGUGACGUAACAAUUUCAGGCAAAGUAAGAAACACCCAAGAUAAUGGCUUCUUAGAUGAAGUUCGAACUGGGCAGCCAUCUAUGGUCACAGCUGCUGCCAAUGGUGCAAGACACGACAAAGGUGCAAAUAAUAUCAGACAUGGUUAUGGAGGAAAACAACAGGGGAGGUCAACUGGGACGACAUACCUUUCCAGAAGAUGAAGUAGCUUUAACUGGAUGCAAUUGGUUUUUGAGGGUGGUGACGCGGAUGGACACCAUACAAGUGGCAAUGUUUUGGCUUCCUAAUGGUCGAUGCUGAAGAUGACCUGGAUUAAAAUUAUUCUAGAUUUAUUUUCUUUUGCACCAUUGCUCUUAACAGCGUCUGUAUGGGGGCCUGUUUUGGCAAAGCUGUACUGAUAUCCCUAGCCCAAGAAUCAGAAGCUGUGCUGAAGUUUUGUGACUAUGUAACUCGUCUGUGCUUGUAUUGUGGUUCACUUGGGAUGAUGUGAAUGUUAUAGCGGAUGUCCUUCAGCGUGAUGUCUCUGGGAAAUGUACUAACAUGUUGAGCUC